AUGCUCAUCGCGGAAUGGGCGUUCCUCCAUCGCGCUGUACUAUGGGUUUCCAAUGCCCUCGAGUUGUUCUCGAGUGGUACACCCGAAUUAGCGUCUCAUAGCUACUUCUCUGUGCCCGUAACCAUCGACCACUUGUUCGACAAUGUGGCCACGCACGAUUUCGACGGCAAGGGAAACUAUUUCCCUAUCGAGCUCCUUCCAACGGGGCAGUUUACGAGCGAGAAUGUCAAUUUUACGCUUCCUCGAUGGGGACACGGACGGAAAGACAACGUUGUUGCUGAGCAGCAGGUUGUCCAUGUGGAUUUUGGUCAUGUUCGCGAGUUUCAUAUCCUCUAUGCCGGCGACUGGAUCGAUGGCGAAACUGGAAAUCGAUUCGAAUUCAACUUCAAGGACUGGUCGAAACAGUCUGUUGAAUGUUCUGUGAAGAAUUGGUGGAACUUGCAUUGGCUCAAUUCUGGUCCAAUCCAACUCCCGUAUCAUCACACGAGGGACAAAAUCAACCACAAUAUCACCCAGAUCCACCAUUGGUCGACGCAGAUAAACUCGUUGUCGCCUCUCACAUCUAUUCGCUUCCCAUCUUCCUCAUACUGGAAUCGCUUGCACAUUUUCGCCAUCUCCCUCGUCCCCGCGUACGCACCCUCGCAUGUUCUCCCGGAAUUCGACACGACCAAUUGGCCAUCGCGCAAACAGAUAUUACCGGCUUUAGGCGUCAAGGGUAUCCGCGCGACUACUCGGUGGGUCGAAAAGGAAGGUCAUGGACCCAAGGAGCCGAUUGUUGAGGUUACGCUUUCGAAUCUUCGGGCGAAUGUGAACGAUGCGAAGCAUCUCCAGGGGUAUUUGAAUGGCGAUUAUACCGUUCAUCUCGUUGGAGAUGGGAUCCAUACGACGGCUCCUGGACAUGUGAGGCGUCUUAUGCCUGGAGAUGAUGGCAAGGUUGUGUUUAGGGGCGAGGAGUGGCCCCUGACAAUUGAUGGAGAUGCGUAUGAGCCGACAAAGGCGAGCUUGUCGCGACAUGAAACUCCCAGAUGGUGGCGAAACGCCAAAUUCGGCAUUUUCAUUCACUGGGGCGUCUAUUCCGUUCCAGGAUGGGUUCCGACUGGAUAUUACGAGGAGUGGUACCAUUGGUGGAUUCACAACCCGGCUCAGUCUUCGAACAUCCUUUGGAAUUAUCAUCGCAAGACAUACGGCGAAGAGAUUGUCUACGACGACUUUAUCCCUCAAUUUGACGGCUCCAAGUUUAACGCAUCACAGUGGAUCAAUCUCUUUGCCAGUGCAGGCGCAAAGUAUUUCGUGCUUGUUACGAAACAUCACGACGGUUUUGCCCUGUUCGACACGGCAAACAGUACGCACAGAAGUAGUGUACAUCUCGGACCGAAGAGAGAUUUUAUCGGCGAAUUGAUGACAGCGGCAAAGAAAGAGCAUCCAUCCUUGAAACGUGGAACGUACUACUCGAUGCCCGAGUGGUUCAAUCCUGCGUACAAGAAGUAUGGCUUUGGCAAUUGGCCUGGUGGACUCGCUCGCAACGCCUAUAACUCGUCCAAGUUUGAACCAUACACAGGCCAUUUAGAGGGCAAGGACUAUCUCCGUGAUAUUCAAGAGGCACAUAUGAAGAUUCUGGCGGAGAAAUAUGAGACGGACAUCAUGUGGUGCGAUAUUGGAGGACCGAACCGCACGGCAGAGUUCGCUGCAGAGUGGUAUAACCAAGCUGCCAAGCAAAAUCGACAAGUCACGAUGAACAACCGUUGCGGUAUCGCCCCAGAUUUCGACACGCCAGAAUAUGCGAGAUUCAGCUCUAUUCAGACGAGAACAUGGGAGACGAAUGAGGGAAUUGACCCGUUCAGCUAUGGAUACAAUCGCCAAACGAAGGACGAGGAGUAUCGCUCGACUCGUAAUAUUAUUCACUCACUGGUCGAUAUCGUUUCGAAGAAUGGAAACUAUUUGCUUAAUCUCGGGCCUACUGGUACAGGCGAGAUCAUCCCAGCAAUGGUCCAGCGCCUACACGAAGUCGGUCACUGGCUCAGUCACUCAGGUUCCUGUGUAUACAACACUACGUACUCCUUCCCAGGAGCCGAGGAACGUGGAUUACGAUUCACCACGACCCCAGACUCAUUCUGCAUCAUCGCUCUCGAGCGGCCAGAGAUUGCGCUUGAAGAUCAUGAGGACGAACAUCAUCGCCUACUCCUCAACAACCUCGACCAUAUGCAAGCUGACCGAGCAUCUAUGGCAUGGGAACUGGAAGAUGCACAAGCGUGGGCUAAACCCAAAGGCGAGUUUGCGUUGCUGGUCGUUGAGAGGCCCGUGCCUAUUAUGCCCAAGGACAAGGUGUUUCUGCUUGGAGGAAAUGGAAAAGCGCUUUAUUGGAGACUGAGAGCUGGGCGGCUCGGUAUACUUGUUCCGGUCGAAGAGCUGAACAAGGUGGAUCAUGCAUGGGCGUUCCAGAUUCAAUAUGCGACGUAA